CCCGGGCGAGAGAGCCUCCAAAUUCCAAAUCCCGAUCCCAGAGCCUGACUUCGAAAGCGAUGCUACCCGUCACCGUUGUAGAACUUGAAUAUUUACAGGAAAGAGAAAAGAUCAUCUGGAGUAGUUGUUUUGAUUAGGAAACCGCUGAGUCAAAGUGCGCUGGCUGAGUCAAUGGGAUACCUUUUUCGUUCGGUUGUCCACGAUGUUGCCCUACAUCGGUUAAAGGAGGCUGCCAUGCGUCCGCAGUUGACAUCUUUUGGGAUGGAAAGGGAAGGGGUUCGAGAAAGAUGCGGUGAAGGUACGUACCUUUCUUGCUUCCUGGGAUACUCGGAAAACCAGCAGGACGGAUACGGAACGAGAGGGGUGUCAGGUGUCCCGGUGAUCGUUGCCUGUGAAUGGACCGAUCGUACCGAUGGGGAUAUAGGCACUGGUGAAGGUGGGUGGGAUCCCUUCGGCUAUGCCGGUCCUCGCGUUCGUUGCGUUUCUGAGGGGUGUUGGAUGGAGGGGUUGUGUUGUAGGGCUGUGUGGGUGCCAGACAGACAAUACCUAGACAACGACAUUUCGCUGCGAUGCGUAAUGCUGGUCAGGCGUAUGCAUACACCGGGGAGCUUGAGCUCGGGCGUGCAGGAUGGGAAAGAAGAAUUAAUUGUCAGCAGAAUAGCUUUCGGAUUCCAUUGUGGGAUGAAAGGCUGGGGUAUAAAAUGGUAAUUGUCAUUGUUUGCUUGGCACGUAUCAUAUUUACUACGUGUACUUGUGCAAACACACGGGAUUUGUGAACAAAUUCGCUAAUCAAUAAUCCAGGUGGAGGAAUAGAGUUCCGCUUACGAGCCGUUGAAUAGAAGGGUUGAUUUUUGAUUAUACUGUAUGAUUGCAAAGCAGCCUCGGCGGUCGAGGUGUACGGCGUCGACUUUCGACCGACGGAAAUACGGAGGCACGCAUGCAGUACGGGAAAAGGGGAGAGCGAGGCAAGGGGUUUGGUGGCUUGCAUAUGCGAGGAACAUGAGACUUCAUUUCAUCUGAAUG